AUUAAGUUAUUCAAUGCAGUUCGGUAUUAAACAUUGAUUUUCAAUAAACUCUUAAACUGAUUAAAUUGCAUUCAAAACCUCGACAGGACAUCCUUAUCAUGAUAUCCCAUUUUGAUUUCAAUCUCACCAGAUUGUUUCAACUCGUCAAAGAGUUUGAAUCAUCAUUCGAUACAACUUUUACGUGAAUUCUUUUAAUCGUGUUUUUUGUCUUCUUAACCCAAAAAUGAGGAAAAAAUUGACUUUUGGGAUUGUUUUGUCUUUUCUGUUUAUUUUGGGUUUAGGUGUUUAUUUCUACUGGCGUCAUGAAAAACAUUAUAAAAUUGUGUGUUACCUCGCAACUUGGUCAGCCUAUCGUCAACCACCAAUGAACUAUAACAUCGAUAAAAUUCCAGGUAACAUAUGUACUCAUGUAGUCUAUUCAUUCGUUGGUUUGGAUGGUGAAAGUUUCGAGCUCAAGUUAAUUAACCCAAAAUUUGAUUCAAGUGAACACGGCCUUCAAAAUUUCACUGCUCUUCACAAGAAAUGGCCUCACUUGAAGCUUUUAGUUGCGAUCGGAGGUUGGUCAGAAGGGGGAGAAAGCUAUUCCGAAAUGGUUAAGGAAGAGGAAAGAAGGAAAACAUUCGUUGCAUCUGUCAUGAGUUUCCUUGAAAAGUAUAAAUUGAAUGGACUCGACUUGGACUGGGAAUAUCCAGGAGAAGCAAGUCGAGGUGGCCAUCCUGAUGACAUUGAAAACUUCUCCAAAUUAUUACAGGAAUUAAGAACUGAAUUCGAUAAACACCAUUAUAUUUUAUCUGCUGCUGUACCUGCGACUGAAUAUUAUGUUAAACAAGGUUAUUCAAUACAAAACCUGACAAAAUAUUUGGAUCAAAUUCACAUCAUGACUUAUGAUUUACGUGGUACUUGGUCUGGUUCUGCCGAUGUUCACAGCCCUUUAACUGUACGACCUCAUGAUAAGGCUGAAUAUGCAAAAACGAAUGUCAGAAAUGGUCUUGAGUUAUGGACCAACGGGGGAGCCACGAAAAAGAAACUGAUGAUCGGAGUUCCAUUUUAUGGUCGGAGCUUCACUCUUGUGAAUAAAGACAAUCCCCAUUUGAAUGCCCCAAUAAUAGGGCCCGGUGCUCCUGGUAUUUACACCAAUGAAAGCGGCAUGUUGGCUUAUUAUGAGAUAUGCAAUAAUAUGAAAAGACAUGGUUGGACCAAGGAAUGGGACGAUGUUGGUCAAGUGCCUUAUGCAUAUCAUGAGGAUCAAUGGGUUGGUUAUGAAGACGAAGAGAGUUUAAUGAUUAAAAUGAAGUUGAUUAAAGAUGAAGGUUAUGGUGGAGCCAUGAUAUGGUCAAUAGACAUGGAUGACUUCAAUGGAGAGUGUGGUAAUAAAAAUGCUUUACUUCAAGUGAUUAACGAUGAUCUCAAACGUUGAGCUUGCAACUUCAAUUGCAUGCAAGAACUCACUAGAAGUCAUCAUCAAUACCAUCAUCAUUAUACAAACACCGUUUUAAUUCCCAUUAAUGGAUGCAUUUCCAGUCCAGCAGAUUGUAUUGAUGCAUCAUGAGCAUGUAUUUCAUUUGAGGAGAGCGAUGAGAUCAUAAUUAAAGAGAAAGUUUGUGAAUAAAAAAUGUUUGGAAGCUGAUAACUUGGUGAAGUUAAAAAUGAAUUGAUGGAAACUGAAGGCUUGAAGAACUGACAAGUGAUUGAUAGAAUGAAAGUUACACAUUUAUGACAAGUAUUAGUAAUAGUAACAGAAGUCCAGUUAUUUCAUCAAAUAUUCAAAUAUAAACUUCGAAUGUAAAAUGGUGA